UCUUCAAACAAACUUAUAAGACAUGGCUCCAUUCUCGUCAGUCGUAUUGCAACGACAGUCUGCGCAGUAACUCGAUUCGCUUCAUAACUACUAUUCAUUCAUCACCACUACCCACUAUUUCAUCAUGAAGUUUACUACUGUCUUCGUCGCUUCCACCGCUACGCUUGCCUUCGCGAGACCUCAGUACGAUGCCGCACCCUCGGAUCCUCACGCUUGGAUGGCGGCAUCGUCAAACGACUUCCGAGGCCCAUGCCCGAUGCUCAACACCCUAGCGAACCACGGCUUUCUUCCUCGUGAUGGUCGUAACUUCACCCAAGAAAACGUAGUCAAGGGCUUGAAAGACGGCUUGAACUUCAACGCUUCUCUCGGAGCUCUCAUGUGGCAGCAAGCGAUCAUUGCCAAUCCCGAACCAAACGCGACUUUCUUCACUCUCGAACAGCUCAACGUCCACAAUGUCCUCGAGCACGAUGCCAGUCUCACGCGUACCGAUGCGGCGUUUGGUAAUAACCACGUCUUCAACGAGACAGUAUACAAUGUAUCGAAGCAGUGGUGGACGGAAGAGGUCGUGACAGCUAAGAUGCUGGCAAACUCCAAGAUCUUCCGUCAGUUGGAGAGCCGAGCAACGAACCCGAACUACACCUUCACCGCUUCUACCGAAGAGUUCAGUCUGGGUGAAGUUGCAGCGCCUAUCAUCGCCUUCGGUUCCCUUCAAGAGGGUACUGUCAAUCGCACGUUGAUGGAGUACUUCUUUGAGAAUGAGCGUCUUCCUAAUGAGUUGGGCUGGACAAAGAAGUCGGAUGAGAUCACUCUCAUGAAUAUCUUAGCUACGACAAGUAUUGUCCGCAACGCGACGAGUCUACUAACUGGUGGCAACACGGCCGAAGACUCAGCUCACGGCAAGCGCAAUCUUCACGGUGGAAUGUUCUAGGACACUGGCCCCGUGAACCAGCACUGCGUGGUUGAUGUUGGUUAUGUUAGCAUUGGGGGAUGUCACGCGAUAGUUCUUACUGCGCGCUUGUACCGCUCUCGUCUCUUGCUGACAGCGGUUAGAUAGAUACUAAUCAAACCCUACGUCUUCCCAAUGUAUACUAUCUUUACUCGUUAUGCGUCAUGUUCGUCAUUUCGUGAAGUCGAUCUCGCAGCGUUUCAAUAGCUACACGCCAAACAGGACAUGCUCGCAGCAAGGUCACCGACUUGACUAGGCAUGGUGAGUGAUCAUUACAUAUCCACUUUUGUUUGUGGAGCUUUUUUU